AUGGAAGCGAAGAAAGUGACAGAAGAGGAAGAAGAGACAUGGAGGAGAGAGAUAGUAACAAGUGUGAUGAGGAUAGUGAGCACGAGAUUGCCUCAGAGAGAUCUAAUUUCUCUGCUUCUCGUUAGUCCUUGGCUCUAUCGUACCCUCGUCUCUUACCCUUCAAUCUGGCUGAACAUCGAAUUGCGCGAGAUGACCAAUGCAGGGGAUCGGCUUUUAGCUGCUCUGUCCUUGUUUGAGCCGAAGCGACUCACUGUGCUUCCAAUUUUGCAGCCAAGAUAUCGUCAAGUGAAGCAUAUCAAUCUUGAAUUUUCCCAGGGUAUCGAUGACAGUCAUCUUAAACUUGUGAAAAGCCAGUGCCAGGAUGCUCUUUCAAGUUUAGAAUGCUUGAAUCUGAAUGGGUGCCAGAAGAUUUCGGACAGCGGAAUCGAAGCUAUAACUAGCAUCUGUCCCAAGUUAAAAGUGUUCUCUAUCUACUGGAACAGCCUAACCGACAAAAGUAUGCAGCUAGUAGCUGAAAGUUAUCAAGACUUAGAGUCAUUAAAUAUCACUAGGUGUGUUAAGAUCACGGAUGAUGGAUUACUUCGAGUGCUACAGAAGUGUUCUUCUCUCCAGACAUUAAAUCUCUAUGCUCUUUCAAGUUUCACAGACAAAGCCUACAAGAAGAUAUCACUUUUGGCUGAUCUAAGGUUCUUAGAUCUAUGUGGUGCUCAGAAUUUAUCUGAUGAAGGGCUUGGCCAUAUAGCUAAGUGCAAGAAGCUAGAGUCUCUCAACUUGACAUGGUGUGUUCGUAUCACAGAUGCUGGUGUGAUUACCAUUGCUAAUAGUUGUACCUCCCUCGAAUUUCUCAGCUUGUUUGGAAUAGUUGGGGUGACUGAUAGAUGUCUGGAGGCUCUUUCGCAGACCUGCUCUGUUACACUCACCACUCUUGAUGUCAAUGGCUGCAUCGGCAUUAAGAGACGAAGCCGUGAAGAAUUGCUUCAGAUGUUCCCUUAUCUGACAUGCUUCAAAGUACACAGCUAG